AUGAUGCGCUUCCAGACGGAAAAGUACCGCCGCCUGCGCGCCAAGGAGCCGCUCGGCGCCGAGUUUGGCCGCGGCUUCCUCUGCUCGGGCCUGUGGCGCUACUCGCGCCACCCAAACUACUUUUGCGAGGUUGCGAUCUGGUGGGCCUUUUACCUCUUCUCGCUCGCCGCCGGGCUGCCGCUCGUCAACUGGACCAUCUCGGGCGCGGCAUUCCUCACUUGCCUCUUCGUGCUGCCGCACGCCUCGCUCGACGUCACCGAGGUCCUCUCCUCGCGAAAGUACCCGCAGUACGCAGAGUACCAAGCGACCGUCUCGCGCUUCUUUCCACUGCCGCCGCUGCCUGCCGGCGAGCGCGCGCCGAUGCGUCCCGUCGACGCGGUCCUCAUCGGCUGGUUCUGCGUCGGCCUCGCGGUCACCUUCUUGGUCGACAUCGAGGCUGUCCUCGUGCAGCGGCCCGACCUGUACGGCCUCGACGCAGCGCACACGCCACUGUGGCCGCCAGAGCCGUGCGUCCGCGCCGUCCGGUGGUGGAGUGCCGCCGCCGACCCGCUGAUGCACGCGCGGCCGGUCUGGUUCCGAGCUGCCAUUUGGGUCGAGGUGCUGGUGCAGGCGCCCUUCUACGCCGUCGCCAUCUACGCCUUUGUGCGGCAGCGCAGCUGGGUCCGCGUGCCCGCCAUCGUAGGGCGGCGACUUCAACCGACUGUGAAGGACCCGGCGCCAGACGACGCAGGGCAGACGAUGGGUGCCAGUGCUGAGGGCGCCUGGGUCUAA